AGGACUGCCAUCCGACGGCGGGCUGCCUUGCCUGCGAACCGGGCAUGUUCGCGUCCGACACGGGGGCACUGGAGUGCGAGUGCUCCAAGCCAGGCCACGGGUCCGACGAGCUUCGGGCCGCCGAGGAGCAGUGCCCCAAGGGCUUCUACUCCGCCGCGGAGUGCGACCCGUGCGUGCAGUGCCCGCAGGGAAAGUUCGCCAGCGAGCUGGGCAUGACGGAGUGCGAGGACGCACCGCCGGGGACUCAUCCCAACGAUGAUUUAUCUGGCACCGUGGAGUGCCAGCCGGGCUUCGAGCAGCCGCUGCCCGGGCAGGCAAGCUGCUCGUCGUGCCCUGUUGGCAAGUACACCGGCGACACCGGCUCCACAGGCUGCGAGUGCGCGGGCGACGGGAAGGAGCCCACGGCAGACUCCACGGGCACCCAAGACUGCCCCGCCGGGGUCAAGAGCGAGCUCGACGAGGCCACCGGCUGCAAGGCGUGCACGACCUGCAUGGACGGGCACUACAGCGACCCGGGGAACGCUUCGAGCUGCAGUUGCGCCGAUCCGGGCUAUCCGAGCUGCCUGCUGGCGUCCCGCACCAUGGCACCCAGUGCAACCCCCCCCCCAUGGGCGUGUCCAGACGUUGGACGUCAAAUAAAGAUAAUGCGGCAGGACAACUAUUCC